UUCACUGGCAAGUCAAGUUUCAUUGAGUAAUUUGAGUGAUGAUUGAGGUCUUAUUUUUUAUAGAAAAACUAUCGUUUGUGUAGCAAAAUAUUCCUAAUGAAAUACUAACAUAAAUUUGUAAUCAGCUGUUUACAAGUAUAAUUUUUUAAAAUGUCAAUCUACACCUGUUGUUUUCGAUACCUCUGUGGCUCAAGUCCCAGACAAAAUGUUCCUAUUCAUACUUUGCCCAACAUUGUGCUUGACACUUCAAGUAUGGGUCAUGAAGUUGUGAUUGUGAAGAAUGGUUUGCGGAUUUGUGGAACAGGGGCAGCCUUAGGCAACACUCCUAUCCUUCAAAACAAAGCCUAUUUUGAGGUCAAACUUCAGCAGUCAGGUGUGUGGGGGGUGGGCAUUGCAUCGCCAGAGGCAGAGCUAGACAGAGUACCUCUAGGUUCAGAUGCCCACUCGUGGGUUCUCUGCUCGGACUGUGUGCUCAGACACAACUCCGAGGAGCCUCACAGGCUUGUUGCUCCACCACAGGAAGGCGAUGUUUUGGGUGUCAGCUUUGAUCACGUUGAAUUAAACUUCUACAUCAAUGGCAAGAACACCAACACUCCACUCACAGGCUUCAAAGGCACCCUAUAUCCUGUGCUGUAUGUUGACGAAGGAGCCAUCUUAGACGUGGUCUUCAGAGACUUCUCGUACCCUCCUCCCGUCGGCUUUGACGCCAUAAUGAUCGAGAAGUCUAUACUGGGCCAUGAUUGAUCUUGGCAAUUCAUGUGCCGCCUUUCUCAUAACCAAUUCUAUCGAACAAAUAUUCUAGGGAUGAUCUUUUUACUUUCUAGGUGGAAAUGAUUUUUUUUAACACAAGGAAUUUCUUAUAUUUCUUACCUGUGUCUUGUGCGUUCAAGAUUAAGUGAAAAUUCGCAUAAUACAUUUCAUUUCAAGUCAAUUUAAUUAAACAUGCCGUCGCCAUUCUUGUGACGGGAAUAGCUCCACCCUGUCGAGCAGAACUAACUACUGGCUAUACGCAAUCUCUUCCUGAUAUUUAUUGUUAUUAUUAAUAAUCAAUGUGUGCAGCAUGCUUGUAGAAGUAUUUCACAGCGGCAUUUCGGCAAUGGAAUUUUAUCUUCAAAAUUUUAGUGAAUGAGCAACAACCUCGUAUAGUUAUACAAAAUCAUGGGGGUAAGGUAAGUAUUGAACUUAGUUUGUUUGUAGAGCCACUGAACGUAGGUGAACUUCUCGGUACAGUGGUCUUGACUUAGGCACUCUUCUGAAGCUUGGGAAAUACGGCAAAUUUGUCCUGAUGGGAAAUAAUGGACAAAUUUGGAAAUAUGGGAAUUGGGAAAUAACAGGGUAGUCUUGUAAUUUAAGUCUGCUGCUACUCCGUGUUAAUUCUUGUUAGUGAACAAGAAUUAUAGAAUAAUGACUGUUCAGAUUAAGACUUAUGACAUGCCGACACAUUUUGUGCUUAUUCACCGUCUUUCAAAGUGGUAAGUAAAAUUUUCAUUGAAUUAAGGAGUUCUUUACAAGGUACUUUUUAAUACAUUCCAACCUGGCUAAUAGCUCUCAUGCGUACUCUAGCAAUUCUAAAUAAUAGUUUUAAUGUAGGGUUUUCUUCAGUUGAUAAUAACCUUGUGAGGUGAACAUUGAAAUCUGUAAUAGGGUGAAGCAAUGAUCUGUUGGUAAUACUAAUUUGCUGUCAGCAGAAAUGUUAUACUUGACAAUUUUGUUGAUUGAGAGCUUCAUUCCUGGGACUCACUUUCUUUCGUUCAAAUCCCUAGUCACUUUUUUUACAGACUUCGUUACAAACGAACAAAUGUUGUGAAACUUGAAAAAAAAUCAGUAGGCUUGCUGAAAAAUCUAGGCGUAUUGUCGAGAGAUUUCGUUUUGUUUGAUCUGUAAUGUGGCUAGAGUGUUAUAACGAUAUUUAAGCGUGUGCAUACAAAUGUACGAUUUUGUCAAUACUUGCACCAGAUCUAAGAUUUUGGUACCUCUAAUCUUAUUUUCAUAUGUAAUGCAUUUGUAGGUAUACAUUUGCUUUUAUC